UGUGGAGAUCAAGAGGAGAAAGAUAUCUACGAAGAGUUUCUGACUCGGAGAGAAAUCCAGAACAACAUCAACCUCGUGAACGUCCGGUCUGCGGUGGAGCAGGUGGAUGAAGCUUUGGACUCUGCAGAUGAACUGGCUCUGCUCUCCGCUCUGCAGCUACCGUGUUUGGCCCUCAGGGGCCUCCGUACUGACAACGGGCCCUGGUACCUGGACCAGCUGUCAGCAGACCGCCAGCAGAAUGCCCUGGAUGAGGGAUGUGUGGAUCCUCUGGAGCCUGAAGAGCUGCAGGAAGGUGUGACCAUCGUCAACCAGAACGCCCAGAGAGCCAGAACCAUGAAUGCAGCGGUGCAGAGUGUUAACGCCUCGCUGCGUCUCAGUGACCCCCGACGCACCGUGAGCUGCUUGAUGACCGCUGACCUCCAGCUUCCUGAAGUGUUUCCAUUCGCUGCGACUCUUUAUCACAGAGAGCUGCAGCUGCUGCAGAGACAGACCGCCCAGGGGGAGCUGCAGCAGGAGGAGCUGUUUGUUGCCGUGGAGAUGCUGUCAGCUGUCGCUCUCGUCAAUCAGGCGUUGGAGGCGGGACAUCUGCAGCAGUUCAGCUCGUCAUUGGUCAGUCCGUCAGCAGGACUCUCUGAUGUGGACCACGCCCUGCUGGACAGGUACUUUGAGUGUCUGGUUGCUGUGAAGCAGCAGGUGAGCAGAGAUCUGCUGACCUGGAAUCAGCUGCAGGAAAGAAUCAACUCAGUCAACAAGUCUGUGCAGGAAGAACACCAACAGCUGCUGUCUGUCGGUCUGGUUAACGAGGCGGUGGUGAGAGGAGACGCUCAGAAGCUGCUGUCUGCACUGCUGCUGCCCUCCUGUGGUGUGGAGGAGGUUCUACCUGCCAACACCUGCAGAUACCUGACCCUGCUGACCAGAGCCAGGCAUCACAAAGCUCAGGUGAGCAGAGAGCCAGGAGCUGAGCUGUGGUUGGCUGAUAUCCAGGAGGCAGUGAAGAGAGCCAAUCGGCAGAGUCAGACAACUCUGAAGAUGUGUCUGUCAGUAGCUGCAGUGAAUCAGGCUGUGAAAGAGAACAAAGUGAACCAGACUCUUCGUGUCCUGAGUUUACCUGAAGUCCAGCUGCAGGGCGUCGAUCCCUCGUGCGCUGCAGAUUAUCAGAGAGAGCUGUACAGUCUGCUGACGGACAGGACGCUCCCAGGAGACAACAGAAGUCCGUGGGUUCGAGUCCGGCUGGACGACGGCUCGUUUUACUACCUACACCUGAACAGACUGGAGGGCACCUGGGAGGAACCCAACGGCUUCAUCAACAACAGUGUGUUCCUCGACCGGCCCCAGAUACAGGAAGUAGUCGGCAGCGUUUCAAACUCGCACAGUCGCAGCGUUCUCUGGAGGAGCAGAGAAGCCCUCGUCGGUCGUCUGCAGGCGGUCAGUCGAGGGUUCCUGCUCAGACAGAAGCUGGAGGCUCGACGGCAUUACCUGAGCAGUCAGACCCCUGCUGUCAUCACCAUCCAGGCUCACUGGAGGAGGUUGGUCCAGCAGGAGGCAUACAGACGCCGGCUGCAGCUUCUCUACAUGAACUGGAGAGCUGUUAUCAAGAUCCAGUCGUUUGUGAAGAUGUGGUCUGCGAGGAGGAAAUAUCGAGCUCGACUGAGUUUCUUCAGAAGUCAUGUGGGUGCUGUCGUAAAGAUCCAGGCCUUCUUCAGAGCCAACAGAGCUCGAGACCAGUACAGGAUGCUGGUGCACUCGGCCACGCCCCCACUGUCUGUGGUCAGGAAGUUUGUUCACCUGCUCGACCUGGGUGACGCCGACAUCAGAGAGGAGGCGGAGCAACUGCGUCUGAGGGAGGAGGUGGUGAGGAGCAUCCGCUUCAACCGACAGCUGGAGGCAGACCUAGACCUGAUGGACCUGAAGAUCGGCCUGCUGAUCCGAAACAGAGCCACACUGCAGGAAGUGGUGUCUCACUGUAAGAAGCUGACGAAGAAGAACAAGGAGCAGCUGUCAGACAUGAUGGACCUGGAGAGAAGUAAAGGACUAAAGGCUCUGAGCAGAGAGAGGAGAGAGAGACUGGAGGCCUACCAACACCUGUUGUACCUGCUGCAGACUCAGCCUCUCUAUCUGGCUCAGCUGAUCUUCCUGAUGCCUCAGAGUCGCUCCACCUCCUUCAUGGAGAUGCUGGUGUUCAGUCUGUUUAACUACGGCUCCGACUGCAGAGAGGCCUUCCUGCUGCUGCAGCUGUUCACUGAGGCGCUGCGAUACGAGAUCAGACUGAAGGUGGAGCAGCCUCAGGACGUGGUCACAGGAAAUCCCACCGUCAUCAAGAUGUUGGUGAACUUUUACCGUCACGCUCGCGGUCAGAACGCCCUGCGGGAGUCUCUGGGUCCGGCUCUGCAGGACGUCCUGCUGGACCGGACUCUAAGCAUCAGGACCGACCCGGUGGACGUCUACAAGACCUGGAUCAACCAGACUGAGACCCAGACCGGACACAAGAGCUCUCUGCCGUACGAGGUCUCACCUGCAGACGCUCUGAGUCACCCUGAAGUCCAGAGACGCAUCGACAUCGCCAUCAUCAACCUUAAGAACCUGACGGACCGAGUUUUCAAAGCCAUCACCUCCAACCUCCACAAACUACCUUAUGGAUUACGUUACACAGCGAAGGUUCUCAGAGACGCUCUGAAGGCAAAGUUCCCUGAAGCCAGCGAGGACGAACUCUACAAGAUCGUUGGUAACCUGGUCUACUAUCGCUACAUGAACCCGGCCAUCGUGGCCCCGGACGGUUUUGACGUGGUGGACCGGUCCGCCGGCUCGUCCCUGCAGCCAGAGCAGCGUCACAUCCUGGGCUCCGUCGCCCGGAUGCUGCAGCACGCCGCCGCCAACAAACACUUCCACGGAGACGGGUACCACAUCAGAGCCCUGAACCAGUACAUCAGCCAGACCCACUACAAGUUCAGGAAGUUCCUGUUGUGCGUUUGUGACGUUCCUGAACCAGAAGACAGAUUCAACAUGGACGAAUACUCGGAGCUGCUCAUAGUCAACAAACCCGUCGUCUACAUCUCCGUCAGCGAGCUGCUCAACACUCACCAGUUGUUGUUGGAGCAGCAGGAAGUUUUGUGUCCAGACCCUUCAGACUCUCUCAGACUGCUGCUGAAGGACCUCGGAUCAGUUCCCACCCUGCAGGACCUCAUUGGGGAGUCUUCAUCAGCAGAUCCAGGAUCAGAGUCCAGUCUGUGUCAGAGCAGCAAGAUGGAGGUUUCUCUGACUCUCACCAACAAGUUUGACAUCUUCAACGAGUCCAACGACAAACCAGAUGCCAGAGGACUGCUGCUCAGCACGAAGCAGCUGAUCGUUGAUGUCAUCAGGGCUCAGUCAGGUGACUCUCUGAGUGACAUCCUGAGAGCAUCUGUGUCACAUGACCAGGAGGCGUGUCACGAUUGGCUGGUCCAGCAGCGAGCUCAGCGAGACGCUCGCACACCUGAGAAGAUGAAGAGGAACCAGUCGCUGGUCGCAAACGGCAACCUGAGUUUAGAGGAGAAGAAGAGGAAGAUCCUGAGGUGUCUUCGUCGUCUGGAGGGUCUGGGAGUCCUGAGACCACCUCAGACCGAGAACCAGAUCCUGCAGAUGAUCGCAAAGGACAUCCGUCAGCAGCGACUGCACCGUCAGCGUCGGGGGGCGGAGCUACAGAAGCUCCGUCAGACUCUCAGCAGCCUGCAGGCAAAGAGCAGCUUCCACAGCGAACAGGUGGACUACUACAGACAUUACAUCACUUCCUGUCUGGACAACCUGACCGCCAACAGGUGCACUCACACACACACACUAUUAGUGUUAUUGUUAUUACAGGUCCUGGUGAAUCUCAAACCCCCCAUGGACCAUUUAAACAUGACAUCAGUAUCAGUCGAGCUUAGUAUUGUGACGUAGACAGACAAACGGGUAGAGGGGCGGGUAGGUAGACGGAUAGGAUAAAAGGUAAGUAGUAGUGCUGGGCGGUAUACCGGUUCAUCCGUUAUACCGGUUUUAAUUGUUGGAAUGCUGUUAAGCAUU